GACGACAUGUAGAUAGUCAAACCUAUUUUGUAUUGGUUAAUAGUAAUAUAUUAAGCCUUUUUGAAACUAGGUGCUUCACUUUACUCGACAAAAAUCCAAUACUAUGAAACCAGCCCACUGGAACAUCAACACAACAAACCAUAUUAUAUAUAAAGCUUAACAAGAAGAAAUUGAUGAUGUUAUCACUGAUUAAUUAUGUAUAGUUAAAUCUAAAUUAAUCAAAGUAAUAUUACGAUGAUGAUGAUGAUGAUGAUGAUGAAGUUGACAAAACGGUGCGUUUCUACUUCAACCAGAGGCAGAGCAGCAGCAGCAGCAGUUGGUGAUUGGUGGGACCAUGUUAAGCCUUCUCCUAAGGACCCCAUUGUUGGUGUCACUGAAGCUUUUCUUCAAGACCCAACUCUUAAAAAGAUCAAUCUUGGAGUGGGGGCUUACAGGGAUGAUCAGGGUAAACCUGUGGUUCUACAAUGUGUUAGAGAUGCUGAGACCAAGAUUGCCGGUUCUGAUUUCUUGGAGUCAAUUUCUGCUGCAGCCACUUCAAAAUUCAUUCAAGGAAGUUUAGAAUUGGUGUAUGGCAAGGAUUCAAAUGUUAUAACUGAAGGUACAUUUGCUGGAAUCCAAGCUCUUUCGGGUACUGGAGCAUGUCGCCUCUUUGCUGAGUUCCAGAAGCGAUUUUACCCCGAAUCACGAAUGUACUUAUCCAAUCCAACUUGGUCUAACCACCAAAAUAUUUGGAGAGAUGCUCAUGUUCCUCAAAGAACAUUCAAUUACUAUGAUCCAGAUACUAAAGGUUUGAACUUUGCUGCACUUAUGGAUGAUAUCAAGAACGCGCCUGAAAAAUCAUUUUUCUUACUCCAUCCUUGCGCGCAUAAUCCAACCGGGGUUGACCCUACUGAGGAACAAUGGAGAGAAAUCUCUUAUCUGUUUAAGGUAAAAAACCAUUUCCCCUUCUUUGAUAUGGCUUAUCAAGGUUUUGCAAGUGGGGAUCUUGACAAUGAUGCCAAAGCUAUUCGGAUUUUUCAUGAAGAUGGACAUUUGAUUGGUUGUGCUCAAUCUUAUGCAAAGAAUAUGGGAUUGUAUGCACAUAGAGUUGGUUGUCUCAGUGUUCUUUGUUCCAAUGCAAAGCAAGCAAUUGCAGUCAAAAGCCAACUACAGCAAAUUGCCAGAGCAAUGUACAGCAGUCCUCCUAUUCAUGGCCUAUUACUAGUCUCAACAAUCUUAGGCGAUUCGGAUAUAAAAUCACUAUGGAUCAAAGAGUUAAAGAUCAUGGCAGAUCGCAUAAAAAAGAAACGGUCUGCACUACGCGAUAGCCUUGAAAAGUUAGGCUCUCCUUUCAACUGGGAACACAUUACAAACCAGGUUGGAAUGUUCUGCUUUUCUGGUUUGUCACCUGAUCAAGUUGAUCAGCUAGCUAGAGAAUUUCAUGUAUACAUGACUCGGGACGGUCGCAUCAGCAUGGCUGGUGUGACCUCAGGCAAUGUGAAUUACUUGGCAAAUGCUAUACAUCAAGUCACAUGUUGUGAUCAAGAAUCCAUGAAUAGUGUCUAUAAUAUUCUUUAAUCACUCAUUGAAGUGCUUGGCAAAAUGGUCUCUACUCACUUUGCCCAGUAAUCUUCUUUGGAUAAUUCUUUGUAAAAUAGUUUUUUCUGUUUGGAAAAAGCUAUUUUGCAAAAGUUAAAAGAAAUUCAUUUUGCAAAUUAACAUUUAGAAAAAUGUCAAUCUUUACCCUGUAUAAUAUAUACCAAGUGAUAUAUUUACUAUUUAGAUAGUAACUAUAUAGUACGUGUGUCACUUUUGUCACUACCAAUAAAAGUAUUUCGGGAUUGGAAAAGUUAUAACUCAAUUUUUUUAUAUGACGAUUCACAUUAUAUUUAUAGUAA